AUGGCCACCACCGAACUCCGUCACCGUCCACCAACCAUCACCGCCACCACCACCACCACCUCCAAAUCCAGAAACUCCGGCAAGAAGAUGGCCAUGGCAAGAAGAGGACUCAAAUCUUUAGCCAUUGCCAUUUCCUUUCCUUUAGCUUUAACAACCAUUGUCCUUCUUCUCUUCACCACCUCUUCUUCUUCUCAAACUCAUUCUUCUAGACCUUUCUGGUACCCACCAGAAUGGGCUUUCCAUUUAGCCACUGUUUCUUGUUCUUCUCUAAUGGGUUUAUCUUCUUGGUUAGCUUGGGCUGAAGGUGGCUUUCACCGGCGGUUGGAGGCUUUUCCGUUGUACUUAGCUCAGCUUGUGUUUGGCUUGGCUUGGGGUCCUCUUCUUUUUGGGAAGGGUUCACCGAAGGCGGCGUUGGUGGUGGCCGUUGGGCUCGUCGUCGCGUUGGGUGGCUGUGUUCGGUGUUUCCGGCGAGUGAACCCUAUUGCGGCUGAUUUGGUUAAACCUUGUUUGGCUUGGGCUGUUUUCUUGGCUCUGUUUAGUUAUCAUCUUGUUUGA